CUCCAACGGGUACGUAUCGGAGAUGCUCUGCCUUUCAGAGGAAUCAGAGCUGUCUACGUUUUAAAACCCCCGUGAAAUGCACAGCUAAGAUCACCAUGAAAACCUUCAAGAAACCCUAGUUUCCCUUCAUUUUUAGAUUUAUUCUCCCAAAAGCGUAACCUUUUUCUUUGUUUCUCCAAACACACCGAUGAAAUUCUUAACUCUCCGUAGCCGGAAAGAUGAUAGUUGGAACUUACGGCCGGCGGAGCCGAAGGGCGGAAAUGGAUUUGAAGAUGGGGCAGGGGAUUCGCUCCAUUAGGACGUUUCCAAUUUUACAUUUUCGUCCCAAGACUCCGGCCACUGAUCAUCUCAGGAGGCCGAUGGGGAUGGAGAUUUUGAGGAUAGGAAUGGGCACUUCAGGAAAUCCAAGAAGAAAUCAGAGGGUUUUGAUGAACUUAACAAAUGACAGCCCCAUCGGCUGGGCAGUGGAAGGUGGUGAAAGCUGGAAGGGGGACGGGGCAAAUGGCACCAGGUUUCUGUUCUACUUUGCGACUGCGCUGCCUCCGACGACGACUGCGCUGCCUACCCUGACGCCCAUCGCCGACGGCGCUGCUUCUCCGCCGACCGUCGCUUCCCCUGCCGCCUACUCUGCUACUCUAUUCUCUGAUGACACGAGGUGGUAGUAGAGCUGGACGCAUAAGAGGACUUGGACGAGGUGCAUCGAUUACACCUCCGAGUUCUAACCCAUCAUCGUCUGCACCUCCGAGUUGAGAUGGAGGCUCGGAUGGAAGCUAAACUACAAGCUGAAAGAACUUAAAUGCAGAGGCCUAAAUGCAGGCUCAAAUGCAAGCUUAGAUUCAUGCUCAAAUGCAAGUUCAGAUUGCAAGUUUGAUGGAUCACUUGCGUCGCAAACGGCAUGCUAUCCACUCCAAGUACUCAAGCUGAAAAUUCUGCUAAUUCAAAUGAUGAAAAUUUAGGAGAUGAUUAGAUUAUGUUUAUUAAUAUAUUUGGUAUUGUUUCUAACGAUGUAACAUUAUACUGCUAUACUUUUGUUAUUGUAAUUGAGUUUGAAUGCUUUAAUAUAAUAUAUUUUACAAUUAUAUUA